CCGAAACAGCCCUUCGAGAAGCGACCUGAGGCAUCAUGUCUGGCAAGAAGCUGUACGUGGAGGUGGCGGGCAUCUCGGAGGACUCAAUGUCUGGCAAGAAGCUGUACGUGGAGGUGGCGGGCAUCUCGGAGGACUCAGAGGAGGUAACACAGCAACACGCACGCGGCCGCCCUGCGACGCUCUGCAACGCCAUCACCAUUGUGCUUGGAUCUUGCCUGCCUGCAGAUAGUCAGGUCCAUGCUCAUGCCGUACAAACCCAAGCAAAUCGUUUUCGACAGAGAUAGCGACCGUAGGCAACACACACAAAGACGGCUGGACCGCUGCUGUUUCAUGUCUGCCUCCGUGCCAGGUGCGGUGCUGGAGGUGGAUCAACUCUCUCACCAGACGCUCAUCGAGGUGAGAGAAAGACACGCCAAACCACACACAUCUCACUGCAUAUCUGUGUGUCUGAUCUCCCUCCCUUCAGUUGGGUCUGCAGAACUACACCAUCCGUUCGCUCGAGGCAGCGGACGUCAAGGGCCUGUUUGGCCUGCAGGAGGACGAGACCGUCAAGAAGGAGGAGCCCGAGCCCGUCAAGGAGGCCCCACUGGCGGCAUCGGCGCUGCGGCAGCGUGCCACGGAGGCCACGUCCAAGGACACCAGCGCGCGCGUGAAGCUGCCCGAGACGGACGCCUUCAAGAUGCUCCUCGACGAGCGGUUCGUGUGCCCGCUCAUCGCCGCCAGCCUCCUGUGUCUGCUGGUGCUGGGGUUGUUCUUCGAGUGAGCCAGGUGUAGCAGUCGUAGGUCCUCUUUUUCGAGGACAGGGAGCGUCUGUGUUGGCGUAGGUUGGUGGGUUGGCGGGUCGGUGGGUGGGUGGGCGAUGAGGCGCUCUCAGAGCAGCAGCUGGGCAGGUUGAAUGAAGUCAGUUUGCCUAGAGAGGUGCACUGGGGCGAUGUAUGAGUAGCGAAGAUCCACACACACGCACACCCAUGGCGUAGACGAGCGGCGGCUUAAUUCUUGCCGCCUUCCAUCGCCUUGCUGUCUGUCUAUCUGUCUGUCUAGCCUUGAUCGCCGUUUUGUCUGCCCUUGGCACCUCCCCCCUCACCCUACCAUCAUUCUGCCUUCAUGUGCGCAACUUUCACACUCGUGAUUUAAUGGCGGAUGCACAAUGACACUCGUGUGUGCCGGUGUGCGUACGUGAGACACUCGUAUGUUUUUCGGUGAUUCAAUCAGUCAGCGUCUGUCACGACACUCCCUCUCCACGCAUAUCGUC